GUGGCAGCCACAGGGGUGAGCAAGCCAUUGAGCCAGCUAUCCUACAGUGAAGAAGAACACACUGAGUUUUCGUACGUAGCUAGGCCAGUUUGUGAGCUUAGCAUAGCUGCCAUGGGUUCCAGCUGCAGGACAUGGCAUUGCUUGCUCGCCCUCUUCCUCCUCUCCUCCGCCGCGUAUGGGCAGCUCUCGCCGUCCUUCUACGUCAGGAGCUGCCCAACGCUGCAGCUCAUCGUGCGCGCCACCAUGAUCAAGGCGCUCCUCGUCGAGCGCCGCAUGGGCGCCUCCCUCCUCAGGCUCCACUUCCAUGACUGCUUCGUUCAAGGCUGCGACGGAUCGAUUCUUCUGGACGACGUGGGCAGCUUCGUGGGCGAGAAGACGGCCUUUCCAAACGUCAAUUCGGUACGCGGCUACGAGGUGAUCGACGAGAUCAAGAGAAACGUGGAGCUGCUCUGCCCUGGCGUUGUCUCCUGCGCCGACAUCGCUGCCCUGGCAGCACGGGACGGCACGUUUCUGCUCGGCGGGCCCAGCUGGGCAGUGCCGCUCGGCCGGCGCGACUCGACGACGGCGAACCUGAACGAGGCGAACACCGACCUGCCCGGGCCGUCCUUGAACCUGGACCUGCUCAUCAAGGCGUUCGGCAAGAAGCAACUGAGCCCGCGCGACCUGACGGCGCUCUCUGGCGCGCACACCAUCGGCUUCUCGCAGUGCCUGAACUUCCGCGACCACAUCUACAACGGCACCAACAUCGACCCGGCCUUCGCCACGCUGCGCAAGCGCAACUGCCCCGCUGUGGCACCCACCGGCGACCGCAACCUGGCGCCGUUCGACGUGCAGACGCAGCUCGUCUUUGACAACGCAUACUACCGCAACCUGGUGGCCAAGCGCGGCCUGCUGAACUCGGACCAGGAGCUCUUCAACGGCGGCUCGCAAGACGCGCUGGUGCAGCAGUACAUCGCCAGCCCGUCCCUCUUCGCCUCCGACUUCGUGGCGGCCAUGAUUAAGAUGGGGAACAUCGGCCCGCUGACCGGUACCGCCGGCCAGAUCAGGCGCAACUGCAGGGUCGUCAACAGUUGAUCGAUCGUUAUAGGAUCCGUAUAUAUAAGCGUGUAACUGUAUGAUCGUAUAAGUACGUAAGUGGUGAUGGAGAUGUGGGGAUUUGGUUGGCUACAAAGGUGACCAACAAGCUUGCAUCCAUGGAAGAAUAAGAGCCGUUAGGUUCAGAUAAUGUCUGGGCUGGGGUUUAGAAGUAUCCCCUCCAGGAUUUAUAGAUACGGAGUACUUUUUCUUUAUGUAAGUUGCCAACAUACAAAUGGAAACCAAUCAUGGUUUUUUAUGCAA